CUUUGGCACAGCGCCCCGGAGAUGCUGGAGAGAGACGCCUCGCUGCCCCGUGGCGCGCACCUCUUUCCCGUCAAAGGCAGCCUCCUUCUGUCCCCCCACCCCCUCGUGCUCCCCACUCGGGCGGUGAUGGCGACCGCCACGUCCAACCACUUCAGCGUCCUCAGCAGCCCCGGCAGCCCUCCGCCGCCGCCGCAGCAGUCGGAGUCCGAAACCAUGCAGCAGCAGCAGCAGCAGCAGCAACAGCAGCAGCAGUACAGGGACGCGCACGCCCUGCUUCAGAGCGACUACGGCGCGCACCCGCUCAGCCACGCGCACCAGUGGAUCGCGGCGCUGUCUCACCACGGGGACGCCGGCGCCCCGUGGCCUCCAAGCCCGCUCGGGGAGCAGGACGUCAAGCCCGUGCUGCAGCAGCACGACGGCGACCGCGAGGAGUUACGCGAGUCCGGCGGCGACGCGCAACAGCGACACCCUCACCCCGCGCAUCACGACGCCAGAGCAUGGCGCGCCGGCAGCGCCGCCUCCGCGCACAUCCCCGCCAUGGCGACGUCUGAGGGUCAGGGUCUGCUCUACUCUCAGUCCGGAUACGGCUUGAUGUCCGGCGGCGAGCAGCAAGGAGGCGGCAUGCACCACCACCACCCGCACCCGCACGUGCACGCGCACCACCCGCUGGCUCGGGACGACGAGCAGCAUAGCCACAGCCCGCACCUGAGCGACCACGGAGGCGGGCCGACGCCGCCGCUGCUGCCGCCGCAGCAGCACCAGGACCACUCGGACGAGGACACGCCGACCUCGGACGAGCUGGAGCAAUUCGCCAAGCAGUUCAAGCAACGGCGCAUCAAACUCGGCUUCACUCAGGCCGACGUGGGCUUGGCCCUGGGGACCCUGUACGGCAACGUCUUCUCGCAGACCACCAUCUGCAGGUUCGAGGCGCUGCAGCUCAGCUUCAAGAAUAUGUGCAAGCUGAAGCCGCUGCUGAACAAGUGGCUGGAGGAGGCCGACUCGACCUCGGGCAGCCCCACCAGCCUGGACAAGAUCGCGGCGCAGGGCCGCAAGAGGAAAAAGAGGACCUCCAUCGAGGUCGGCGUCAAAGGGGCCCUGGAGAGCCACUUUCUCAAGUGCCCGAAGCCCGGAGCGGCCGAGAUCAACUCGCUAGCGGACAGCUUGCAGCUGGAGAAGGAGGUGGUCCGGGUUUGGUUCUGUAACAGAAGGCAGAAGGAGAAGCGGAUGACGCCCGCCGGGGGGGCCCUGCCGGGAGGUGAGGACAUGUACGGGGACAGCCCCCCGCAUCACGGAGGACAGACCCCGGUGCAGUGACCUCAACCUCCCCCUGCCCCCCCACCCCCCGCGCGCCUUCCUUUCUCUUGGACGCCCCCCCCCACCCCCCACUCUAAAAUAAACGUUGCGAGGACACAAGCGGAAUUUACAGUACAGGCGUCAAAAGCAGCAGAUGUUGACGGAUGCUCUUUUCGCAGCCACUAUUAUGGGAUAUAUUCUCCUCCUCAUUAUUAUUAUGACGGGACGUGCUUCACGCUGCCGUGGGAGCUAAGCAAACGCCUUUUGUGCGUCACUGUGCCACACACACACACACACACACGCGAAGAAAGGCAACGUUUUGUGGACGUGUCAGGGGGUGCAAAGGGGGGGGGGGGAGAUUGUUCUCGCGUGGGCUGGGUGAACCGCAGUGAGUCCAAGUGGGUAAAUAAACGCCAUCUUUGCGUGGAACAAAAGCAACAGGGGUUCGAACAGCUGCGGACACCUGCCUGCCCCUUCGCUCACAUUUAUAAGCCAGCAACAGCAGUAUUAUUAUUAUUAUUGUUAUUAUGGCGAUACAUUAUUUUGUAUUGUUUAUUGUGGCUCUUAUUUAAAGGUUCGUUUCGGUUCGAUAGUGAAUGUAAAUUUCGCCCCUGCUCAUUGGUCACAAGCCAGCAACAACAUUAUUCUUAAAAUUAUUAUUAUUAUUAUGACUUGACUGUCAUUCUCAGCCGACGAUUGCUACCGUAUUUUAAUACGGUUAUUUUGUAUUCAUUUUCGAUAAACGUACCAAAUAGUUUUUGAUGUGACACAUUUUGUAAAAGAAAUCAAAAUAAAAAAAGGUACGAUAUUAAUACAGUA